AUGGAUGACGUAUUUGGGGCCUACUCAACGGAUGACGAAUCCACGAAACAUUCGAUGUCACGUUGCUCGAUUGUACCAUCCCUGUACAAAGAAAAAGAUGAAAAGGACGAGGAAGGCAGCACUGGCAAGAGAAGAGCAAAGAAAGCAACCGAUACUAGUACUAGUUUUAAAGAAAAAACAACCGAUAAGAAUUCUGCCUGUAAAAAAGAGAAGCGAAAAGAAAAAGUGAAUGGAAACGACGAGGAAGAACUGUCUAGCAUCGAUCACAAAAAAGAGGUAUGCAUUCUGAAAAUUCGCAUUUUUUAA